AUGGUAGAAGACAGAUUUGUCACCAAGCAGGUCCUUUCUGGUUGUGGUGUCUACGAUGGCACAGAAAUCCAUGAGGCCUCAGCCAUACUGGUACACCUUAGUCGUGGGGGAGCUGAGGUUCAGAUGUAUGCUCCAGAUGUUCCUCAAAUGCAUGUCAUUGACCACAGUAAAGGGCAACCAGCUGAAGCUGAGUCAAGGAACGUUUUGGUAGAAUCUGCAAGGAUUGCUCGUGGUAAAAUUGCAAGCCUGGCUAAGCUUACUACAGCAGACCAUGAUGCUGUGAUAUUCCCUGGUGGAUUUGGAGCCGCUAAAAACUUAUCUACCUUUGCUGUUGAUGGGAAAGAUUGCAAGGUGAACGGAGAAGUUGAACGCGUCUUGAAAGACUUCCACAAAGCAGGCAAACCUAUUGGUCUUUGCUGCAUUUCACCAGUGUUGGCAGCAAAGGUUCUCUCUGGUGCUGAAGUAACUGUGGGCCAUGAAGAAGAGGAAGGUGGAAAGUGGCCUUAUGCUGGGACUGCAGGAGCCAUUAAAGAACUGGGAGGAAAGCAUUGUGUGAAAGAAGUAACUGAAGCUCAUGUGGAUACAAAAAACAAGGUGGUGACUACACCAGCAUUUAUGUGUGAAACAGAACUACAUAAUAUCUUCGAUGGCAUUGGGGCCAUGGUAAAGAAUGUACUAAAAUUAACUGGCAAAUAAAAAAAAAAAAAUCAUAAAUGUUGAAAUUUAGGAUGUAGUAUCAAAUAUGGACUAAUGGAAACAUUUUCACCUGCUUGUCCUGUUCAUGCUCUAGUGAAUGCUGAUACAAAGCUGAUUGAUUCCCAGCUGCAGGGUUUUCCAUGCCCUUUCUGAGAGA